GCGCCAACGACGGCGCCUCCUCAAAGCUGUUCCGGCGGCGCCUUGAAGCUGUUCUGUCGCCAUGUCUACCAAUGGCUUAGAGUUAAAUGGGUACGCGUGUUCUCCUCCACCAUUUUUUCCCCGACGAGCAUCUUCGCACCGAUGGCGGAGCGCCGCUUGCCAUGGUAAGAUCUGGACUCAUGUAGCUAGAUUUGAUUUUUUGCAGGGCCAUUGACGGAGAUGCGGAGCUCUACGGUACUGCCGCUGGAGUCUCAGGAUUCCGUGAGCGCUGUAGGUGUGGAGGCGGUCGCCGCCGGCGAGCCACAGGCCGUCGGAAAGGGAGCCACAUAUGACGUUUGCUCCGAGGUGACCAGCGGGUGGACGCGAAGGUUAGUCAGGGGGGCACCAUGUGCAUAAGAAUUUUUUCCUCGUCUAUUUGGCGAUUGUUUAGCACGAACCUUGAUUUGUUUUGCCAGACUAUGACUAUAUUGUUUGAUCCGGCGGUUAGCACACCUUCCUUGGAUUGCUGUGCAGUAUAGAUGGCAGUUGUUUUUUCUUGUGAGAUAUUGAUAUGAGAAAGUAACAUGUAUUUGGUGUCUAAUUAGGGUCAUGUGAUGGAAAAAAUGUGCAAGCCUAGGUUAAUUCUGUUUUGCUUGGGGGAUUGACUUCGACAGCUACACAAGUUCAUUGGGUUGUAGAUGCGUUAGUCUCUAGUCAAUUACCGAUUUAUUGUGGCAUCAUAAUGCGUUUGGUUCGUUUGCCAAGUUGAAACUGUUAUCUCAAGUCUUUUAAUUUUCACACUGAUGGAAGUGGUUUCGGGCCUACAUCCAUUAGCCAAUUACUGAUUUAUUUGUGCCAUUUUUAGUGAGCUGGAUUCGUUUGUUUCACGCAGUGAUGAUAGAAUUAUCGAUAAAAGAGUUUUAGUUUAUAGGGGUUGGGUCGCUGCGUGAGCUGUGUGUUCUGUUUUGGAUUUUUGUUUCGCUGUUCGUGUGGGAUAAAAAUGAAUCCAUGGCAUAUGUAUGUGUUGUUUUUAUGAUUUUGCAAGUGAAUGAGAUUUUUAGAAUACUGGGAUAUGUAUUAUGUAGUUUCAAUUUAUAUGAUUUUUUUGAGCUAAGUUUCUAGGUUUGUUAGAUGGAUGGAUGUAGCGAUUGUGCCUGGCGUUCUUUAUGUUGAUAUAUUUUUGUUUCGAGGGUAAUUGAGCAUUUUCAUCCAUGUGUUUUUCCACAAAAACACUGUCUGCGGGGUUAGGAUUGGGAAAGGCACCUGAGGAGAGGGAGAUGAACCCUGAUAGGAAAACAACACUUGAAUUGUCAGUUCGCGCUUACGCAGAGACAAAAUCUGGGCCAGUCAUCAAUCCAACAAUUGGCACAUCUUUUGACUCGUUGGAUGAAGCAUAUGAGUUCUACAACCUCUAUUCAUGGGAAUAUGGUUUCGGCGCGAGGCUUGCGAAAAGCAGACUGAAUGUUAAUCGGAAGAGAUGUAUGCAAGAAAUACUGUAUGCUUGUGCGGGCAAACCAAUGAGGGAAAACAGUCGAUCAUCAAGGUGCGGGUGUGAAGCCAUGAUUAGAUUCCUCCGUUCAAAUGACAACGGUUGGUACAUAUCAGAGUUCAAAUCAGGCCAUAACCACCCUCGAUCAUCAAGGUGCGGGUGUAAAGCCAUGAUUAGAUUGCUCCGUUCAAAUGACAACGGUUGGUACAUAUCAGAGUUCAAAUCUGGCCAUAACCACCCUCGAUCAUCAAGGUGCGGGUGUGAAGCCAUGAUUAGAUUGCUCCGUUCAAAUGACAACGGUUGGUACUCCGCACGCCGCCGGCCAAGAAUCAACCUCGUCGUCGCCUGGACACCCGGAGGCGAGGGAGUCGGUGCUCCGGCUGGCUCCUUCAGAAUAAAUCUGUCAUCCUCGCUUCUCUAA